CUCCUUCAUCAAACACUUGUGGAUUUUCACACUUGUAACUACAAACAACAAACCUCACAAUUAUACUACACUUGUUCAUAAGUAUAAGCUCACCAUUAUACUAAUCAUGGGAAAGAAAGAAAGAAAAAACUCUGUCACUGUUGACUUAGAAAAUUGCGACAAAAUGCAGCACUUGAAACCUAUUCCAAAGAGCAGAUCAUCUUCCAUAACCUCCAUUGAGAGUAACGGUUCGUUCGAGUCGGUGUUAAGACCUCCUCCAAUGAAGGAAUUUGAUGAUUUAAGAGCAUUUGAGGCUUAUAUUAGAGAUGAAACAUGGGAAAAUGAUUUUGACUAUUUACAUGCCCACUUGAAGUAUUAUCCUCCAUUUAUAUUGAAGGAAUGCCACGAAAACUUAGAUAAAGUUAAACCUACGGCCAACAAAAACAGUAGAAAGUUCAAGAGGAAUUUGCAACAUCAUGUGCAAAGACACUUGAUGAAAGAAAUGGCCAUCUGUGGAGGUUACAACAUGGACUUCAAGCGGGUUGACGUGCGUGAAACCCCCAAGACCAUGGUCUGGACGUACGAGGAUAGUACUGACCAUGGCUUCAAUCCCGAAGAAGAGGAUGCCUUCAAUAGACACUGGAAAUUACAGUUAGAAGUUUGCUGCAACAACGAAAACGCUAUGGUCGAUGUUGAUUACAGGGCAAUUCCUUUGUGAUGCCUGAUUAGAGUUGUAACCACAUGCCUCGUGCCUGGCUUUGCUGCUGCCCCUAUGUUUUGUUUAUGUGUUUUUUCACGCCGUUAUGUGAUUACGAUGAUUAUGUUGAAUUUCUAUUAGUUUCUGGUCAAUAAAUAUUGCCGAUUUAACUUCUUGCCAACGCAUCAUAUGCUGGGGAAGUGGUUUCGUAUUCGUUCAUGUACUCAUUAAAGUGUUGCUCUAGAUAUUCCAAAAUAUCUCCACACUCGCUCAUCAAUGUAUGAAUACUUGGUGCAUCCAUAACCGUUUCGGUCACCAAUCCAGGUAGGGUGACAAAGAGUCGAAGAAGGUGUUCGAACCCGUAUAUGUCUCCCAAGUCAACGUCCGCCCCGUGUUCCUUCAAAAUUUCCCCAUACUGCACUCUCUCAUACUUGUACAAAAGAAUUAGCUUGACGGAUGCUUUGAAAUAGACUGCAAGACCACUCAUAACUUCUUGUGUAAUAUUGAACUGCUCUAGUGUCUUGGUUUGUUCUACCUCUUCCAAAUAUUCUUUGAGUAUUAUAUUGAGUGGUUUUGGAGCAGGAAGUGUAACGAUCUUUCUAUCCUUAGUAGUAAAUUCCCAGUCAUCAACAAGAAGGUAUUUUAGCUUAGCAGGCAUAGGAAGAAUCACAUCAUUCUUUCUCUUUUUUUGUUUGAGCUCUUCCUUUUCUACCUUUUUCUUCACCUUGGUGUUGUGCCGAUGACGUUUAGAGGGUUUGGGACUUGGCUCUGCCAGUUUCUUCUUGCUUUCAUUGUAAUCUUCUCUGACACGUCUUCGAAGUCUCAUGUUUUCAUCAUUCAACUCCAUGACACGGUCGUUGGCGACCCAUUCGUCCCAUUUCAGGUUCCAUCCCAUGUAAUGAAGGAGAUAGGCAUUACACUCGAGCAAGUGUUCUGGGAUUUCAUUUUCUUCAACUGGCUCAUGGUUUCCUUCUUCAUCCACCACAAAGCUUUUACCAUAUUCAUGAGACUUCAAAACCUUGGCCUUAUAGAUUAAAGGUCCAUGGAAUGCCAAUACCAGGGCAUUGGGUUUUAAAACUGGUUCACAAUAAGUGGACAUACGAAAUUAACGGCUCUGACGAAUUGUGCUUUAUACCAACACGAUACAAUAGAAUACAAAAUACAUUUGCGCGAGUUUUCGC